AUGACGACUGCUGUAGAUGACGCUAGUGACGUGCGAGCAUUUCGCACGUCUCGUGCGCCUGUCGAGUUGGCAGCCUACCUGCGCUGGGCCAAGGACCAUGCCAUGGCUCGCAGGGCAGAGUAUGAGACAGGGAGCACGGGGAUGCAGCCGCUCACCCUGAUUAUGGGAAACGAGGCGGGCGAUUUGGACUCGGCCGCGUCGGCGAUCGCUCUGUCAUACGUGAUGAAUCAUGAACAGGCACACUUUAUGCAUACCUAUGGCGUGCCGCAGGGCGUGUAUGUUCCGGUGAUCCAGACGCCGCGGCGCGCACUGAGCCAGCGGAAAGAGAACCUGCAUGUGUACGAGUACGUACAGGCGCCAGUGGCGUCGCUCCUGUGUGUCGACGAGCUGGGCGACUUGGCGUCGCCCGCAUGGGGUCCGGGCGCGAAUGUAUCGUUGGGCUUGGUCGAUCACCCCCAGCUGCUUGCCGCAUGGGGCACCGACCGGCGCAUUGUCGUCGUAGUUGAUCACCACGAGGACGAGGGGCUGUACAGGGAUGCACCGCUGCGCAUAAUUCGUGCGCCGUCGACGUCGCCCGUCGGCUCCGCAGCAAGCCUGGUGGCAGCGCUUGCUCAGGGGGCGCGCCGGGGCGCGCCGCUAGAGAGCCGCCUGGCUGAUCUUCUACUCAGUGCGAUUGUGCUGGAUACUAGGAAUCUCAAGAUGCAGGAAGACGGUGGUAAAGGCACACGCGCCGAUGCUGAGGCGUUUGCGUACCUUGCUCAGAGCACGACCAUCGGCCGCGAUGAGUCGGGGACCGCGGCGGACGCAACCUUGCUGCGCCCCACGCGCACGGCUGCGUGGAGUCGCGAGCUGCAGCGCAUCAAGAGCGACGUCUCGCACCUCGAUACCCAUGGGCUGCUGGAGCGCGACCUGAAGGAGGUGCGUGUGCUGGCUGGGCAGCGUUCCCUGCACGUCGGACUCGCGUCCGUGCCCAUAUCGCUCUCGGCGUGGCUUAGCAGUGCGUACCGAGCGCCGACGCCCAUGGGCGAGGUGGCUGCAGCAUCGCAAGAGCAGGAGUGGGCGCGGUGGUGGGCCUCGUUGAGCGCGUUCAUGGAGGAGCGGCGCCUGGACAUGGCCGUCGUGCUCAGCUCGUACAAGACCGAGACCAAGAGCCGCCGUGACUUGGCACUGGCACUGCGUGGCAGUGCGUCGGAGCUUGCGAGCGUGAAGCAGGCAUUGGAGAGCACAGAUCUUGGACUCAAGACAUGGAAGGGCGAGCGGCGUACGGAGAACGGCAAGGAGCGGGUCGCGGGCGUCGACGCGGAGGGGCGCGUGCGAUCCGUGCCGGGCCUCGCGGGCGUCGUGUGGCGGCAGGGCAAUACGGGGGCGAACCGCAAGGUUGUGCAGCCUGUGCUGCUGCGCGCGCUACAGCGUGCGCUAUAG